AAAGAAAUUUAUCGUGAAGUGUACACUGUACAUCUGAAAAAAAUUUUGGAGAGGGAAUUUAAACAAAAGAAGUUCAUUGAAAGAAAGGAUAGAGAUCGAAUUUCGAACGAAACCGGUCUGGAUGAUCGCCAAAUUAAAUUCUGGUUCCAGAAUAGAAGCGUCAAAGCACGGAAACAAGGAAAGAUAACACGAAAAUAA